AUGUAUGAAAGUUUCUUCGAAAAAACAGCAGGUGACCCGUACUGUCCGGCUGAAGGUGUAUGGGGAGACACCAAAGCUGGUUUCACUUCAGUCUUAAAAUGCACAAACUCUGCUGGAAAAAGAAAAAGGGAAUGCAACUUAAAUGCACAAUGGAAAGACGAGGUGUCAGAAUGCGUGAACUCAGAUCUGUACAAUGUACUGCAAAAUGCAAAAAUUUCUGACACUGGACUUGGGGCAUUAGAUAAAAAUGCAGAAACAAUAUUUUCUAACCUUAACAAUGUCACUCAAAAUUCAGGGCGUAUUAACACUUUUGCUAAUGUGAAUGCAUCAGUUGAUGUACUCAGCACCAUGAGUGACAAACUGAAAGUAGUAGACAAUGUAACCACAACUAAAAAUCUCCUGGCCUCAUCCAGUAAUCUGCUGGAUGAGUCUCUUGAAAACUCAUGGAAUAAACAGAAUCCUGAAAGCAACCAAACCCUGGCUGAGAAAUAUCUGCAGUCAGUUGAGAAUUUAAUUAAAAUGUCAACCAUAAGUAAUGAUUCUGAUCAAAAAAAUAUAGAUAUAGGCACAUGCAGUGGAAAAACAUGCACCAAUACGGUGUUCAAUGCCGCAGUCACUGUUAGAAGCUCAGGAAAUGGCAUCGUAAAAACAGCUGGAUUCAAUAACCUGCAGGACUAUUUGCCCAAUAGAACAGAUCUGACAUCUGACAUCAACAGUAUUGUUGUGUCAACAACCACUACUGAAGGGGGAAAAGAAAACCUUCAGAUUACAAUAAAGUUCCCAUUGCUCACACCCAGGCCUCCCGAUGUUAGUCUGCAAUGUGUCUCAUGGAACUACAACCAGAGCAAAUGGACAGAUGACGGAUGUGUAUGGGGGGGUGCUUCUAAACCUGACGAGUGCACUUGCAAUCAUCUGACUUCAUUUGCCAUUCUGAUGUCCAGGCGUCCCAUUGAAAUCCCUUACAUGACCGAGAUAACGUACGCUGGACUUUCUGUGUCGGUGGUGUCACUCGUUAUCAGCCUCCUGAUAGAACUGACCGUCUGGAGCAAAGUAGUCAAGACAAAUACUCUGUAUUUGCGCCACACCGCCCAUGUGAACAUUUCUCUUUGUUUGCUGGUGGCAGAUUGCUGUUUUCUGGCAUCUUCUAAACCAGAGAGCAUUUCAGAAAUCUGGUGUAGAAUCGCGGCUCUUCUGAAGCAUUUCUGCUACCUGGCCAUGUUCUUUUGGAUGUUGAGCCUGAGCACCACGCUCCUUCAUCAGGCAGUUUUCCUGUUUCACAAAGUGAGCAAGAAAACCUAUCUGAGGUUCUCGUUGAUCCUGGGCUACGUUUGUCCUUUUCUCAUUGUUUUCAUCACAUUUCUCACCAACAACGCCGGCGCUCAAGGCGCGUAUUUCAGUACGAAAACCUGUUGGCUGGUCUAUUCUGGAACUCUGAAAGGAACCAUCUAUACAUUCAUUCUCCCAGUUGGUAUAAUUGUUUUUAUCAACUUGUUUGCCAUGAUAGUGGUAAUCAUGAAGCUUUUGGACCAUAAGAUCACAGAAAAAUCUCAUGAGAAAGAAAUACAGGCCGCCAAAACUGUCCUGAGAUCAGUUAUUCUUCUGACGCCAAUCUUUGGUUUGCCAUGGAUUUUUGGAUUUGCAACAUUUAGUCUGGACCUCACAGCUGGAGCUGUGACUUUAGCUGUGAACUACGCUUUUGUUGUGCUCAACGCAUUCCAGGGUUUGUUUAUUUUGUUGACCACGUGCCUGGGGGACAGAAUGACCCGUGAAGCACUGCUGAAUUCUUUCAGGAAAAAAGCUCCACCAACCAUCAGCGAAAGCUCCACAAAGUUGGAAUCAACAACUAAAAAGUCCUAAACAACACCUGUACACCUGUAUACUCACAAAACACUACAGUUAAAUCAAAUAUAUUAGAUUCAUGAGCUACAUUUACUCUUUGAUGUGACUGUUUCUUUGUUGUUUAUUCUGGUUUAUUUUCAGUAAUACAAGUCAGAAAUUGUCAUAAUUGUUGUAUGCAUAUCUGUGUUUCUUUGUUCAAUAUACAUAUUCAUAUGAAAUGUGAUUUAAUAAUGCUGUACAUUGCACGUCUUAAAUAGCACCUAGCAGUGAAGAGGUGAAGGAAAACUCUCAGCUGAAAGGAAAGAAGAAAACCUGCGUGAGGAUUUUAUUUCUGUAAAUGGGAUUUGGGCUCACAUCUUGCUUCAGUUUUUAAGUUUUCUUUGUCCUGUUCAGCCCACUCCUCAUCUGUGUCAUCCACUGAAACCCCUUCUCGCGCUGCUUGUGUACAAUAAACAUGUCACCCU